UCGGUACCGCUAGGUUGUCACGCAGCAGUCGGCCACAUGAAUAAAUAAGACGCAGAUUGGAAUUACCCAGUCUCGUGACUCUGUCCCCUACCUCCUGUCAAACUAUGUGAUAGACACCUAGUGAAGUGUGACCCUACUGAUGAGAAUGAUUUUUGGAGUUUCUGAGCCGGCCGUCUUUCUUCUUGUGCUCUUCGGCUGGGCAGGGCGCGGGGAAGCGGGUCAUUAUAAAAAAGCAGGUGAAUGCCCAGUAGCGUCCCCUUACACGGCUGGCGUCUGUAGCUACGAUUGUUCGUACGAUGCCGAAUGUGAGGACGACAAAAAGUGUUGCAGCACGGGAUGUGGAAUGGUCUGUCAGUCCCCUGUGUUUAAAGAUGCCCUGUCCAAAGGGGCUGAAUGCCCAAAAGUGUCCUAUCGAAAGGAUACGUAUGGGAACACGUGGCCUAUGAAGUCAUUUAUCUAUUGCGACACAGGAUGUUGUGGAAGCAGGGACAAUCAGGACUGUUGUGACGAAGACAAGGAUAACAGGACUGGCUUGUACGUCGGUGUCGUGGCUGCUUCCUUGGUUCUGAUUGUUGCGACAAUCUCAGUAACGUGUUGCUUCGUCCAUCGAUACAACAGAAAGAAUGUCAUGGUGGGAAUCAAUGCAGGAACACACUAUCAAAUGCAGCCACAAAUUGCGCAGUAUUCAUACCCAACUGCCCCGCCACUGUAUGAGCAGGCUGUGGCCACAGGAGGUCAGAGUCGCAACUCCAAUAUAACCCAUUCCAGAUCCAACGGGAAGUUAUUCUGAAUCUUGUUACCAACAUCGAUUUAUAAACAUUUUUUUCUAUGUGAUAUUUACAAAAGUUUUAUCUUUACACUCAAAUUGUGUUAUAAAUCUCUCUAAUUUUAGUAUAUGUAUAUUCAAGUAUUUUGUAUAGCGGGAUAUUUUUUUUUCAAAUAUUUUCUCUGCACUGGUUCAAGUAUAUUUUGCGUUUACAAUCAAAUGUAUUUAAUGAAACAAUGAAAUAAAGAUCUUUGGUGUUUACAAAUAUGAGUUUUACUGCGGCGUCGUGAAAUAUGGUCAGUGUAAACAGUGUAUAUUACAUGUACUUGUUCAGAGUUUGAUGAAAUGUAUACAAUAUAUACUUAUCAUUAUGUAUGCGCGUGCUCUGAGAAAUAAAGUUGAUAUACUGGAUCAUUUACAUGUAUUAUAAAAGGAAAAUAUAUUGUAGAUAUUGACAUGCGUACGAAAACGAUUUGGGCCACAUACUUUUUUUUAUCUCGUAAUUACUAGAAAAGAUCUCGUUACUACAUGAAAAGAUCUCGUUAUAACGAGUUAAUUAUCU